CAGCGGAAAGUAUAUGAGAAUAAAACGAUUUAGAGGUGGUUCGAUUUAAAGUGGGGUCUGGGGAUAUAGUGUGUGCAUAUAAGAAGCAGUCGAAAUGUCAAAGGUGUUGCGAGUCCACCUCAGUAGUCCAAUGUUACUACAAAAUCGAUAUCAAAGUCUCCAGCAGAUAAACCAUAUUUUUAAUAUGGCGUCGAGGAAAGGGACUGCCCAAUGCAGAAGAUUCACAUCAAUUCAGCUGAAUAAACAAGAGUUACCUAGACAACCGGUUCCUGAGCUGCAGAAAACUGCUGAGAGAUAUUUGAGAUCGUUGAAACCAUUGCUGAACGAUCAAGAAUAUUUGAAUACAGAGAAAAUCGUGCAGGAUUUUAUCAGCAAAUGUGGCGUAGGCCCGGAAUUACAAGCAAAAUUGUUGGAAAGAUAUGAGAAGACUGAUAGCUGGAUGAAUGAGUGGUUUUUACACGCGGCAUACCUGGGAUAUAGAGAUUCUGUUCUCCUUAUGUCGAGUCCUGGAACAGUAGGACCACUGCAAGAAUUUAAAUCACCCGAAGAUGUUCAGAAAUUUGCUGCUCAAUUAAUUGUAGCUGUGGCUACCUACAACGAUUUAGUGAAAAAAGGGGAUAUCAAGCAGGAAAUGGUGGGAUCUACGCCCUUGGAUAUGCAGCCAUACGCUAUGAUAUUGGGAACCCACAGAAUUCCAGGUCUUCCAGCGGACAAACAAGUCCACACAGACACAUCACAGCACAUAAUAAUCCUGAAAAACCACAAUAUCUUUAGACUUCAGAUAAUCGACGACUGUGGAGUCCCCUUUUCAGAAUCGAAGUUAAUCCCCGCGAUCAAAGACAUCUUCGAGCGAUCCUGCACUCCAGGAGUUCCUGUGGGGAUUCUCUCGGGAAACCAGAGAGACACCUGGGCACAGGACUUCGAGGUCCUCAGGGCACUUGGCGGUAACUCAGAGCUCAUAAAAACUAUCGAGGAGGCUUUAUUCAUCCUCUGUAUCGACAGGGAAAUUCCCUCUCAUAAAUUCCAGGGGAAGGGCGAGUUGUCUGUGAGAGCUAAACAAGCCCUCACAGGAUUCAGCGUUGAUACCAACGCAGGAAACAGAUGGCAUGAUAAAACUCUGCAGUUCAUUAUCUCCCCCGAUGGAUUUUUUGGAACUGAAUACGAGCACAGUCCCUGCGAGGGUGGACCCAUCGGCGUCAUUCAGGAUUUUGUCUUGAAAUACGUUGAGAACAAGAAGACCUCGUCGCAGAACGAGAUUGCCAAGGAUUUCCCAAGGGCUGAGUUGUUGAAAUUCCAGGUUGAUGGUAGAAUUGAAAAGUCUAUCGAUGAGGUGACGAGAUUUGUUGAGGGAAUAUGCAAUAAAAUCGAUAUGGAGUGUUUUGUGUUUGACGCCUUUGGCACUGGAGAAAUUAAGAAACUGAAGAUGAGCCCUGACAGUUUUAUUCAAACUGCUAUGCAAGUGACUUUUUAUAAGUUGCAUGGGAAACCGCCAGCUCAUUAUGAAUCCGGAGGGCUCAGGAGAUUCAGGGGGACUAGGACUGAAGCUAUUAGAUCGACUAGUGUUGAGUCUGUGGAAUUCGCCAGGAUCAUGAUGGGAGGAACCAAAAUGGAGAAGAGGGAGGCGUUGGUGAAGGCCAUCAAUGCUCACAAGAGAAUUGCUGGAGAGGCUGUAACAGGAGCUGGUGUUGAUCGUCAUCUCUUUGGACUGAAGAUGAUUGCCAAGGAACAGAAUAUAGACCUUCCAGCCCUGUACUCCGAUGUUGGAUUUACCAGGAGUUGUCAUUGGAAUCUUACAUCGAGUCAAGUGCCUUUCAAGUCUGCAUCUUUCAUGUGCUAUGGACCAGUCGUGGAAGAUGGAUACGGUUGCUGUUAUAACCCGAGGGCUGACGAAAUAUUUUUCGCGUGCUCGUCUUUCAAUUCGUGCUGUGAAACUCGUACGAAAGAAUUCGCUGAUACUUUGCGACAGGUCCUCUGUGACAUGAAGGACAUUUCCACAGACUAAUUUUAUAUUAUAAAUAUACAAAUAUAAAAUAAUAUAUUACAGUAUUUUCAAUUAUGACGAUGCAGGAUUGG